AUGGAGGAGUAUCGUACGUUGGCUUUAACAGGUAGCAUGGCUGACCGUGUUGACCGUGAGCAGGAGAUGUAUAGGAACAUGGCCCUCAUGCAUCAUCACAAGGAGGGUGGUGCACAUCAGGACCAGGGGCACGGCGACCCUCCCAUUGAUGUGACAAGUAUACAAGUCGGUGGGUCGCCCCGUGGGAAUGAUGAUGGCAAUUUCAGUGACGGCAGUUCGGCCAGUUCGCGAAAUGACAUGGAGAGAUUCGGUGAAGAAUACGAGGAUAGGAAUUUGGACAUAAGACCUGGCAAGAAACAUAAAGGAGAGAAAGUUGUUAGAUUGAACAUUAACGCCCGCGAACGCCGUAGGAUGCAUGAUUUAAACGACGCUCUGGACGAACUAAGGUCCGUGAUUCCAUAUGCACAUAGUCCUUCUGUGAGGAAACUUUCAAAAAUAGCCACCUUACUUUUGGCGAAAAAUUAUAUAUUGAUGCAAGCGAAUGCUCUUGAUGAAAUGAGGCGAUUGGUGACUUACAUGAAUCAGUCACACGCAAGUACUCUGCCGCAACCGUGUUACGACCUUUCUGCUUACUCCGGCAGGUUGCCCCCUUCAGCUAUUCCGGGACACUUGGACAAAAUGCCAUCUCUAUACCCGCCUCCUAGGCCUGUGUCGCCGAACAUUCGAGGUAACAGUCCUAAUGACAACUCGUGA